AUAGUGAGUGCAGGGUCCGGGGAGACCAGAUAUAGUGAGUGCAGGGUCCCGGGGAGACCAGAUAUAGUGAGUGCAGGGUCCUGGGAGACCAGAUAUAGUGAAUGCAGGGUCCGGGGAGACCAGAUAUAGUGAAUGCAGGGUCCGGGGAGACCAGAUAUAGUGAAUGCAGGGUCCGGGGAGACCAGAUAUAGUGAAUGCAGGGUCCGGGGGAGACCAGAUAUAGUGAGUGCAGGUUCCUAGGUUUACCAGAUGGGGUUA